UUGAAGUCUGGGAGAAACCAGAAGACCGAAUGAUUGCGCGUGGUCUAGUGGUCAUCGUGAUAUCACAAUCGAAUGUGACUCACGAUGUCCAAGUUAAACGAGUGACAGUCAUCGAGCCAACCUCCAUCUCACAGCUGAAAUAUCACACUUAACCUGCUUUACACAAAGACUUCUUCCCGCAACCAUAUCGUGACCAGACCCAGUACAGGAUGUCCAAAUUACCGAAAUGUGAGCAAGAAUUUCAGGAUGAAUAUGAGAGAUGGAAGCGGGAAUCGGCAAGCAUAAAUGAUUACGAGGCAUGCCAGGGGGCUUUCAAAUCGUGGAUUGCACCUUUUCUUGAAGAACGCGAUUUUGGUUAUGCCGCCUUACAGCGGAGGUGCCGCUUGCUGAGUAUCAAACCGGUGCCAGGUCUGAAACCUGAAGGUGAAUCGCAGGCGAGCCUGCCGAGCUACAACGAUGCUUGCAAUGAGGGAAAAAGGGAGGAAGAACUGAAUGCGCUGAUGGAAGCCUACUGGAUAAGCAAUAGGACCUUGCUCUCUAUGGAUGAGACAAUGCCUUUGACUUCGAAUGUGGAGAAGAUUGAUAUCCUCCGUUUCCACCGAGAUCGACAUGGUCGCCCGUACAGUUGGGUUAUGGAUCGUUCGACGUGUGCGGACACUGGUGGAUGCUGUGGACGCGCUUGUGGCUGUUGCGAAAAGCCGCUGUUGACAUACUAUCGUCCAAUGGGCUAUAGGUAUCCCGACAAAAAGACGAAAAUCGAUGUAUACGGCCAUUGCACAGCUGAAUGCCCUUGCUGUAUCCAAGUCCGGCACCGCUACCAUCCCCAUCCGCGGCUUCCAAAGUCAGCUUUCUAAGGCUAGUCGGGAUGGAAAGAAGAUGAGCUGGAAAGAAGGGAAAGUGCAACUCUUGCUUUGUAUCUUAAAUCUGUGGCUUUGGCACCGUUUCUCGAGUCUUCCUUUUGCUUAGCAGACGAGAGUUGACCGUUCAUUUCUUGUUCUAAUAUACAAUACCAAAGACUCUCUCUCUCACUCACUUUCAUUGAUUUCGCUCUUUCUUUCUUUCUUUCUUUCUUUUUUUUUUUUCUCACCAUGCCGUUCACUAUUGAUACGGCACAACUCUGGGCCGCCGUCGUCCUUGUCUUCACCUGGAACGUGCUAAACCUCCAAAACCCGGUUAUAAAGGUGUUGCUUGACUGGCUAAGUG